GCAUCAGAUCAUGUGAUCCAUUCUGUCAAAGUAGAUAGGUGCUUGUGAAGGUGACACACAGUUUUCCACAAAAUUUCACAAAAUGAUGCCCGAACUGACUUUCAAUAUUGACCACGGCUAUGUGGAAGGUCUUGUCCGUGGCUUCAAAGCAGGAAUAUUACGCCAGGCUGAUUAUUUGAACCUCGUGCAGUGUGAAACGCUUGAAGAUCUCAAGCUUCACCUUCAAAGCACAGAUUAUGGCAACUUCCUAGCCAACGAGCCCAGCCCCCUCACAGUCUCUGUCAUUGAUGACAGACUCCGAGAGAAACUUGUCAUCGAGUUCCAGCAUCUGAGGAACCACUGUCUGGAGCCACUGGCCACCUUCCUCGACUACAUCACGUACAGCUACAUGAUCGACAACAUCAUCCUUCUCAUCACUGGCACACUUCAUCAACGACCAAUCAACGAGCUCAUUCCCAAGUGUCAUCCCUUGGGAAGCUUUGAGCAGAUGGAGGCAAUCCACAUCGCUUCCACCCCUGCAGAACUGUACAAUGCUGUACUAGUUGACACUCCUCUAGCACCAUACUUCAUGGAUUGUAUAUCAGAGCAGGAUCUGGAUGAGAUGAACAUUGAGAUCAUCAGGAACACACUGUACAAGGCAUACCUGGAAGACUUCUAUGGGUUCUGCAAGCAGAUGGGAGGUGCCACAUCAGAGGUCAUGUGUGAAGCACUUGCUUUUGAGGCAGAUCGUCGAGCCUUUAUCAUCACCAUCAACUCAUUCGGCACAGAGUUGAGUAAGGAGGAUCGGUUCAAGCUGUACCCCCGUUGUGGACACCUGUACCCUGACGGCCUCGCUAUGCUUGGGGAGUGCGAGGACUACGAUCAAGUGCGGCAGGUCGCAGACUUCUAUGCUAAUUACAAGGAGCUGUUCGAUGGAGCCGGCACCAACCCUGGUGACAAGACACUGGAAGACAAGUUCUUUGAGCAUGAGGUGAAGCUGAUGACCCAGUCAUUUAUGCACCAGUUCCAAUUCGGUGUCUUCUACUCCUACGUCAAGCUGAAGGAACAGGAAUGUCGCAACAUCAUCUGGAUCGCAGAGUGUGUUGCCCAACGCCACCGAGCCAAGAUAGACUCCUACAUCCCCAUAUUCUAGUGCUACUGAUAGAGCCCAACAAAGAUAUUGACCGUACCAAACUGCUCCCCAUUAUAUUUGUGAUAGGGAAUUCUAGAAUCUUUUUAAGAUUCCAAGCAUCAUAAUAUGCUUGUAAUAUAUCACAAAAAAUAUUUGAGCCUUGAUUGUUUAAAUUCUUUUUAGCUCAGAUAUGACAUAUUCUUUUCAUAAUCAUCAACAUUCCAAAAAAACAAAAUGAACAAAACCUAAUUUAGGGACAUGAUAAAAGUAGAAAUACUACCCCUAUCUUGGUGACAGUAGAUUCAAUUGUUACCUUGAAGUUGUCAGUUGGGUUGAUGGUAAAUGUGAAACACUCUCUGUGCAUAAUGUAGAGGAGACAGGUGCCCUUCUAGGUGUACCAGGAAUCCUAUUCACUGUGUUUCAAGACUCGUGGUUCACCGGAAACCUGCAUGUGAUAUUUGUGAUGUGUAGCGGGUGUUAGUGUUGCCACAUCAGGAUCUGUACCCGCCCUGGUGUGAAAGUGGUACAAGCUAUUAUAGAAUGUUGACAGAUAGUUGAGGGAUUAUUGUUAAAGGGUAUCAGUCGUUGCAAGAAUCUGUAGUGUACAUACAUGUGUUAUUCCCAUAAGCUUUGUAACUGUAUUCAGCUGCAGCAGUCAGCUCUUUGCAUGUCAUUCACUGAUGACUGUAUGCUCUUCAUGUUCUCCUUGUAAUGUAUUCAUCAGCCAAUGUCUGAGACAUUGUAGGUUUUAACGUGAAACAUUGUGGCACACAAUACGUGGUCAAAUACUGUUUACCAGUAUGAUGAUCCACUUUGCCAACCAAACAUUGAAAGAUACGGUGAAAGCACCAGUUUUGUAAAGGACAAAUCAUUAAACUCUCAAGAAGUAACAUCAGUAAGGCAAAAAAGGGGCAUGUUGAUUCUACUCUUGAAAUAAACAUGUUUAACUUUAAGUAAUUUGUCUGACUUGCAUCAUUUAGUGGUUGAGGUAUGAUUUCUGUAAAAUGUUGCAUAAAGACCUGCCAGUUUUGUUUAAACUUUGAUGAGAACAAGUAAAUUCCUGGUUUAGAUUCAACUGCAUUAACAAUAAACAAAAGUGUGACAAAAUUGUAAUGGAUUAAUUACAGUUAGAAGUCUGGAUCUGUUUCUCUGGUCUUAUGUGUCCUAUUGGUCUUUAUGGGAUGUAUAAGUCUUGAUUUGAUUAUCAGGGCCAGAUGUAUUUGAAUUCCUUGUUAAAAUUCUAGUCACUGUCCAUGACAAGUGGUGUCCAUGCUUGGAGUCAGUCUCUGAGCUUUCUUUAGAUUAUAGCCAGGAAUGAUCAAACCAUCCCACCAGUAUAUCAGACGUAGGACAUGUUUUCUGCAUCAUUAAUCACUUUGAAGGCUGUGAACUCGUGCAUCUUGUGACAUUAAUGUUCAUCUGAUGUAGAUCAUACAUUAUGGGACUUGUACAUUUGAUUACACGUCAGCUGUUUCUGUAUAUAUUGUGCUUGUUGUCGCGUACAGUGAUUUAGUAGAUGAUUAUGAAAUGUUAAUGAUUUAUGCCAUUUGUAGACAUGGUAGAGUCCAAAACAAGAGAUUCUUCCUUUUGAUGCCAUUUCUCUAACCUAGCUGGGAAACAAGGGAGUGCGGUGGGUGAUUCCCCUCAGACUUCUUCAUCUUUGCAUAUCGGUAAUUGUGUUUCUCCUUGUCAAUAGCAUGAUUAGUCAAUAUGGGAAAGGAACCGAGAUAAAACUGAAAUGUCAACGCAAUCCUCUUAUUUAAUCCUUUUAAUGCACCAGGUGUAUGUAGUACACUUGGUGUACAGUUGUACUGGUGAUGUCAGUGUAUACAAGAUCUGUUUUAGCUAAUAUCUGUAACCAGGAAACACAUGCAAUAAACACUCCACACUGGGAA